GGGGCGGGGAGGGGGGCGGGAGGCAGCGGGGGAGGGGCUCGGGCCACCAUGGACGACAAGGCGUUCACCAAGGAGCUGGACCAGUGGGUCGAGCAGCUGAACGAGUGUAAACAACUGAACGAGAACCAGGUGCGGACGCUGUGCGAAAAGGCUAAGGAAAUUUUAACAAAAGAAUCAAAUGUGCAAGAGGUCCGUUGUCCUGUUACCGUCUGUGGCGAUGUGCAUGGUCAAUUCCAUGAUCUUAUGGAACUCUUUAGAAUCGGUGGGAAGUCACCAGAUACAAACUAUCUAUUCAUGGGUGACUAUGUAGACAGAGGUUAUUAUUCUGUGGAGACUGUGACUCUUCUUGUGGCAUUAAAGGUGCGUUACCCAGAACGUAUUACAAUAUUGAGAGGAAACCACGAAAGCCGACAAAUUACCCAAGUAUAUGGCUUUUAUGAUGAAUGUCUGCGAAAGUAUGGGAAUGCCAAUGUUUGGAAAUACUUUACAGAUCUGUUUGACUAUCUGCCACUUACAGCUUUAGUAGAUGGGCAGAUAUUCUGCCUCCAUGGUGGCCUCUCCCCAUCCAUAGAUACACUGGAUCAUAUAAGAGCCCUGGAUCGUUUACAAGAAGUUCCACAUGAGGGCCCAAUGUGUGAUCUGUUAUGGUCAGAUCCCGAUGACCGUGGUGGGUGGGGUAUUUCACCACGCGGCGCUGGCUACACAUUUGGACAAGAUAUUUCUGAAACGUUUAACCAUGCCAAUGGUCUCACACUGGUUUCUCGUGCUCACCAACUGGUAAUGGAGGGAUACAAUUGGUGUCACGAUCGGAAUGUGGUUACCAUUUUCAGCGCACCGAAUUACUGUUAUCGUUGUGGGAACCAGGCUGCUAUCAUGGAAUUAGAUGACACUUUGAAGUAUUCCUUCCUUCAGUUUGACCCAGCACCUCGUCGUGGAGAGCCUCACGUGACCCGGCGCACCCCAGACUACUUUCUGUAAAUUCCUCCAGGGAAAACCUGUCUUUGUAUGUGGAAGUAUACCUGGCUUUUUAAAAUAUAUAUAUUUAGAAACAAAAGAAAAAAAAGCAACAGUAAUCUGUGUGUUUCUGUAACAAAUUGGGAUCUGUCUUGGCAUUAAACCGUAUCAUGGACCAAACUGUGCCAUACUAAUGAUGAGCAUUUAGCACAACUUGAGACUGAGAUUAGGUCAACGCUAUGUUCUAGAUCGGUCGGUCUUAACAGUUUGCCUGCUGUGUUUGUAGUAACCGCUUUCCUUGGGGCUGUUCAAGCAAAAGAGGUAACUAACUCCAUCUCUGUUUGCACUUACUUGGAGAUUUUAGUUAGAGUGUUUAACUGGCAUGGAUUAAUAGGGCUGGAUUUUUAUUUUUAAGAAAAAUUCACAAGCUAACUUCCACUUAAUUCAUUACCGUGUAUUUUAUUGAAAUGUAUAAUUAACUGAAAAAAAGAUUCUUGGGAGUACGUUGUCAUAACAUUUAAAGAGAUUUCCCUUCCUUUAAACUAAAUUACUAUUUUAUGUUGAUCUGCAUAUUUCUGUAUAUUUGUCAUGACAGUGCUUGCAUUCUGUUUGGUGUACUGAGCAAAUAAACUUUCCAUUUUAAACAAAAACAUGUUGAUUUACUGUGGUACACUUUAAAUGAAAGUUUUACUCUUUUGUAACUUCAUAUGAGAUCUCUUGACCUGUAAUAAACAGUUGUGUUGAGGUACUUUAAA